AUGAAUGAUAAAAUCGCCCAGCUUACUUCUUCUGUUGAUAGUAAAUUUACCGAAAUCUCAGCAUUUUUCCAAAGUUCUCUCGAUGCAAAGAUUUCUGAUUUAAAUACUGACAUCCAUGCUCUAAAACACGAUUUGCAGAAUACUCUGGUUAAAACCCAACUUCCAUCUAAUUCCAUUAAGCCUAAACUGUCCUACUCUGCUGUUGUUGAGAAUAAAGCUAGCGUUAUUGUGAAGCCUAAAAACAAACAAAAUGUAAGUGCGACCAAGAGUGAUGUACUGAAGUCCAUCGACCCUGUUGCAUCUAAUAUUAGUCUUACCAAUGUUAAAAAUGCUAGAGAUGGUGGCAUUAUUGUUAGUUGUUCUACUUCCGGAGACUGUGAUAGGUUCAAGAACUUGGCCGGUGAUACAUUAUCCAAUAAGUAUGAUGUUAAAGAAAUUGCUGCCUUACACCCUAGGAUUAAAAUUGUUGGCAUUUCUGAACGUUUUGAUGAUCUUUCGCUGACAAACUUUAUUAAGAGUCAAAAUAGUAAUGUUUUUAACCAAAACAGUGUGUUUAACCUGUUAAAUGUUGCUCCCUUAAAGAAAAAUAAAAAUUUGUACCAGGCGUCUUAUCAGGUCGAUCGAAUUACUUAUGGUAGAAUUAUGGAUGAGGAUGAUGAAAAUAAAGAUGAAGAUGAAUAUGAUGAAAAUCAAGGUGAAGAUGAAGUUGGAGAUGAAAAUGAAGCUGAAGAUGGAUAUGAAGAUGAAAAUGGAUAUGAAGAUGACGAUGAUGAUGAUGACGAUGAAACUACAGAUGAAGUAGAUGAAGAUGAAUAUGAUGACAAUGAAGAUGGCGACGAAAAUGAAGAUGAUGUUGACGAUAACGAUGACGAUAACAAUGACGAAGUUGACGAUGAAGAUGGAUAUGACGAUGAUGAAAAUGAAGAUGAAGUAGAUAAAGAUGAAUAUGAUGACGAUGAAGACGAAGAUAAAAUGAAGGACAAUAAUGACAAUGGAAAUGGUGAAGAUCAAGUUGACGAUGAAGAUGGAGCUGAAAAUGGAUAUGAAGAUGACGAUGAAGAUGAAGAUGAUGUUGGUGAUGAAAAUGUAGAUGAAGGUGACGAUGAUGAUGAAAAUGAUGAAGAUGACGAUCAAGAUGACGAUGAAACGGACGAUCAAGAUGACAGUGAAUAUGACAAUGAAUAUGACGAUGAAAAUGACGAUGAAAAUGACGAUGACAAUAAUGAUGAUGAAAAUCAAGAUGACGAUGAUGGUGAUGAUGAUGAUGAAACUACAGAUGUAGAUGAAGAGGAAUAUGAUGUCAAUAAAGAUGAAUAUGAUGACAAUGAAGAUGGCGACGAAAAUGAAGAAGGCAUUGUCUUCCGCGUCACUGGAAACCUUCCCGACACCUUGCCUGAUAGGUCUUUGUAA